AUGAGUAAUGUAAAACAGUUGUUGAAAGAGGCCAAAGUGGAAUUGGGCCGAGGUGAUUUUGAAGAAGCCCGGAAUUUGUCAUUGAAGGUUUUAAAGUUAGACCCUGAUAAUUACUUUGCGCAUGUCUUUUUAGGUAAAUGUUUUUCCAUGAUUCCCAAUUCUUUGUAUGAUUCGGUGGAGCAUUAUAAGAAAGCAAUUGAUAUCAACAGCCAGAGUUUAUUAGCUUGGAAAGGUUUAUUUCUAUUAUUUAAAGAUGUGACCGGUAUUUUCCCCAAUGUGGUAUCCUAUGAUGAAUAUUUUACACUUUGUGCUAAAUAUGCCGAUGUUCUUGCUGAACAAGGGGAAUCACAAAUUGAAUUAAUCGAUGAUAUAAAGAAAAUGAGAAGAGAUUAUCAGGAAUCUGAGGAACAAUAUCUGAGACACCUAGUACCAGGAAAGGAUCUUUCUGAAAAACUGGGGCGCUAUCUUUUAAGUUCUUCCUACGCCCUUGAUAAAUUGAUAAAGUUAUUGAAUAAGAAGGAGCAGGACCGGAUUGCUCAGAUCGUAAGUAAGGAAAGACUCAAAUUUAGCACGUCAGAUCCUUCAUUUCAAAUAAAAAUUAAUAGUCUGGCUUGGGAGGUGUAUGCCGAUUCCGAAGUUGAUCAGAUGUAUAAUCAACUGGUUAAUAUUGUAGAUGAUGAUGAAAAACGAGCAAAAUUAGAAGAAGAAUGGUUAAAAUACAGAUUACGAGUACUACGUUCAAUGCCAGCAUCUAUGAAACCUUUAUAUUUUGAGAAAGUCAAAACUACUAUUGAAGAUAUGGUUCUAGUGAAUCACGAUUCUUUAGAUGCUUGGAAGCUUUAUUUUGAAUGGCAAGAUUAUAGUGAAUUGGAUAAAAUAGAACUAAAGUAUAUUCUUCAAUUCUUCAAGAAAUUCCCAAAUGAGCCAUUAGCUGUGAUAUUGUACUCAUGGGCCUCUUCUAAGUAUUCUCAGUAUGAUAAAGUGCAAAUUCAAAAAGUGAUGACUGAUGAAACACAGGCUGAUGCUAAAAGUGAAAUUGGUUCAGCUACUGAGUCAUCGUCUGCUGAGGAAUCUGAUGAAGAAGGAUUGAAACAGGAAGAUGUGAAGGCUCUAAUGGAUACACCAGAGGAGUAUGUAGGACUAGUGGAAGAGGAUAUACUGUUGGCAAUGACUGAAAAUAUUAAGAAAGCUAAAACUAGUAUUCUGGCGCAUAGAAUUAUAGUGUAUUACCAUUUAUUAUCAAGGGAAUAUGAAACUGCCCUUCCAACUGUUAAAGCUGGAAUUUCAUUGAUAGCGUAUAAUGUUAAGGAUCUUGGGUAUCCCUUCUUUAAUUCAAAGAGAGAAUUCACGAUUGCGCUUGGUACUGUCUACACAUAUGUGGAUACGCCCAAAAAUCAUGAAGCUGCUUUGUCGUUAUUUGAUAAGGUUCUGUUGGAGCAACCAUCUAAUACCGAAGCCAAACUAGGAAAAGGAUUUAUCUACAUGGAAAGAGAAAACUGGACCGAGGCCUAUGAAUUGCUUCUUGCUGUCUCAUCAAAAUAUGCAGAUCGAUGGGACGUUCUUUCAGAGAUUGGCUGGUGUAGGGUAAUGCUUGGGCAAUGUGAGCAAGCAAUCCUAGACUUUAAAGAGGUUUUGAAAAAUAUUCAUGGUAUGGAUUUGAGAACACAAGAAUUUAGGGCAUUGAAUUACUGGAGGUUGGCCGAGACUUACCUAAAUAUUCAAGAAAGUGAGCAUGUUAGUGAGGGCUUUGAGAAUGUCAAGCUCGCCUAUAAAAUUCUCAUCCAAUCCAUUAAGGCUUUAGAUGGUUAUGCUCCAAGCUACUGUUCAUUAGGUAAGAUAUAUUCAAAUUAUUAUGGUGAUUUUAGCAGAGCCUUUAGGUGCCAUUAUCGGGCUUUUGAACUAGAUGCCGGUGAUAUUAUAUCUGCAGAGUAUUUGGCAAGAACCUAUGCUGAUGCCACCAACUGGACGCUUGCUCUAGAGGUUUCAGAGCGUCUUGUAAAAUCGGAAAAGUCUAAAAAGGCUCUGAGAAAGGUAUCCUGGCCAUAUCGUAUACUGGGUGUCGCCUAUUUGGAGAAACAACAAGACGCGGAAUCAAUACAGUGGUUUCAACUUGCCUUAAGAAUCGAUCCAACAGACGUUGAAUCAUGGAUUGGACUUGGACAGUCUUACUUAAAUUGUGGUAGAGUCGAGGCCUCUUUAAAGGUUUUUGAAAGGGCUUUAGAUCUUGAUGAACAUCACAGUUAUGCUUUAUAUUAUAAAGCAGUGUGCCAUUCACAAUUAGGCGAAUAUGAAGAAAGCCUGAAACUAAUGUAUAACUUAGUUGGAGAAAAUCCAAAGACCAUUCCAUUCAAGGUAAGCUGCGCUACACUAAUUUCAGAAUACUCCAAAGACUUGUAUAGCCAGGGAUAUUUGUUAAAAAGUAUAUCUGAAAGUCAGAAAGCUAUUCUUUUAAUUGAUGAUAUCAACAAUAAUGGAGGUCUACAAAGUCAAGAAGUUUGGAUUGCUCUGUUUACUUGUAUUAAUAAUUAUCUUCUGGUUCAGUCCGAGAUUGAUGAGAUGCCAAUUGAAUUACUAUUGAACAUUUUUCAAAAUGUUAACAUCAAAAAGGUAGCAUCUGUAGAUGCGAUUGACAGAUUAUCUUUGAAUGAUAUUAUCGACAAUACAUCGUCCAGCAGCAUUGAGAUAGCAAGUAAAUUGUUGAUACUAUGUGCUAAAUACGCAUUAUAUUUAACUGGUGAGGAUAUUUCACAAGCAACUGUGGGCAGCUCACUUUGGGGAAAUUUAGGGUUAGCUGAACUAAAUGCGUAUUCUCUUUUUGAUGAAACUGAGUAUAGAGAGAGUGCAAUCAUGUGCUUUAAAAAAUCAAUCCAAUUUCAAUCAAACUAUGUUGAAUCUUGGUUUGGAUUGGCGGUUUCAACAAUGGAUUUUAAUUAUCGAGUUUCACAACACUGUUUUAUAAAGGCAAUGUCACUUUCUCCAAGAGAUCCUACCAUUAUAUUUGCCUAUGCUAUGCUUUCCUUGAGAUGUAACGAUAUUGAUUUAGCAACACAAUUGAUUAAUAAAGCUCAAACAAUAUCACCAGCAGAAUCAUCACCUUGGUUAGGUCUGGCUCUUUUAAACGAAAAAAAGAAUGGGUCUAGUAAUAGCGUAUCCCUCUUCUCCCAUGCAUUUGUUCUCUCAAAUGGUAGAUCUCCCUCAAUACAGUUGCUAUUUGCAAAAAGUGUACUAAACUCGCAAAUCGGAUCCGGUAUCAUGGAUGGCGAUUUAAGCUCUAUUGAGCAACUUACAUCGGUUGCAAGUGCCUUGGAACAAUAUUUCAAAAAAGUGCCAAACAAUCCGUUUGCUCUUCAGUGUGCUUUGUUAUGUUUUGAAAGGUUACAUGAUUUCAAUGGGACUGAUGAAAUUUGUAAAAAGCUUCUUAACAUAUUGGAAGAGAGGUACGAAAAGACUGAAGAUGAGAAUGAACUACUACAUUUUGCGUUGUUCAAGUCCCAUGUUGCCAGAAUUGAACUUGAAAGUGGUAAGUAUCAAUCCUGUCUGGAAAAUGCUGAUAUCUCACAAGAUCUAUUAAAUGAGUAUAGUUAUGCUUAUCUGACUAAAGCAAAGCUUUCAAAUUAUCUAUGUUUGGGUUUAGGCAAUUUCUUCCUAAACAAUCUAGAUAAAACAUUUGAAUACUUUCAAACAUUAUUAGGAGAAUCAAAAGAAAGUGGUACGAUAAUAUGCUUAGUGUCUAAGAUUCUUUAUGAAAUUGGUAUGGAAGAUAGUAAAGAGAUUGCUCUCCAGGAGUUGAACGAAUACCUAGAUGAAAAUGCAGGUGAAUUGAAAAUAUUACUCAUAUUAACAGCAAUGGCCCUAAUAGAUGACCAAGAAUGUGAAUUAAAGUCUUUGCUGAAAUCAUUAUCAGGCCUCCCAAAUUCUAAGUGGCUUUUGGAUAAAGAGAGAUCUAUUCCCUGGCUGGUCAAUGUAAUUGAAAAAAGAAUAGCACAAGCUGAAAAAUCUACUAUGGAUAAAAGGUCUGUAUUUUAUUUCCCUAACGACAAUAGGGUAUGGGGUUCUUUAUCAAAAAGAAUACAACACAGAAUUGUAUGUGCUGGGCAAAACAAAGUUAGUACCAAGCAAUUCAGCAACCUAACUGCUGAGAUUAGGAGUGUUUCAUACUUACAAAGAAGUAUUUUUUUGUCACCAUCGAAUUGCAAGGCCAUAAAGACUCUAGAGUCAUGCUUUGUUAAUAUGUAG